AUGGUUUCCUAUUCUUCAGGGAGCGUUUUGGCCAUGCUCCAGGAGGAUGAUGGAACUUACAUCGACGAUAAGACCCUGCAAUACAUAUUCCUUCUAGUCUUCAAAAUAGCUUUGAACACACUAAUCUUGUCCCUAUGGCAGCAAAACAUCACCAAAUCCCUGCUCGGUAUUUGCAGCCUUUUCCUCUAUCUGGCAGACCUGCUGCUGAUCAGCUCAAUCUUCUGGGCCUGGUGGUUCAAACAGAACCUUGGUGCCCAGGAGGCCAUAUGCUGUAGCCUUUGUCACAGCUCAACUGUUUACUCCCUUCUACCCAUACCAGUUCUUUUAGGAGCAGUCGUGGACUAUGGUGCUAGUCAACAGGAGGACGUCGUACUUAAGUCUUUAGCUAGAACUUCUAUCCAUUUCCUAGUAAUGCUGGUAAUGUGGGCAAUGGCUUGUGUUUAUUCAUAUCAUUAUACAAACUGUGAACUGCUAACAAUCAAGUAUCCAGAGGGGCUCGAUGCUCUUGUGUGCCCUGUGCAUGGAUCUACAGUUAUCAGUCACUUUAAUUCAAAACUACUCGUUGUGGUUGUCUUCAUACUUAUGCUCAACUUUAGAAAUCUACCUUACUGGUUUCAACUAGUUAAAAACCCUCCCUGGUACCUGAGUACCUGGUCACGUACUGAUAAGAGCGAUCAAGCUUUUUCCCAGAAACAAGAUAAACCCUAUAUGAUUGAUCAACAGGAUCAUCCUCCCCUCUUCACCAGCCUGACUAUAUGUUUUGCCGUGAGCUGGAUACCCUACAUGGUUGUGAGUGUGAUCUGCGACAUUUUGGCAUUUGCAGUGCCAUCUUACGCAAGUGUAAAUCUGAUCUGGACUGCCUGUGCCAACAGCUUACUGGCUGGUAUGACUUUCUGGUACAACAGCAAAAUGUACGGCCCUUUCUACAAGGUGCCGGAUAUGUUCUGCUCAUGGAGCUUUUACUGGCAUUUGAGCAAAGAAAGUCACAAGCUGCCAUCCUUCAAGCUCCAUGAUGGACCGAGUGUACUGGAGCUGUAAAUUAUUAUGUUUAAAAGCACAAUGGACCGAGGCUUUAUGUUCAAAUCCGACACACAAGUCUGGCAUUUACAUGAGCAAUUAGCAAAUGCUUUUUUCCAAAGCGAUGUACAAUUGUGACCGAUACAGUGCAAGCAAUUGAGUGUUAAGGGCCUUGCUCAGGAGCCCAACAGUUGCAACUUGGCAAAGGUGGGGCUUGACCCAGGGACUUUCUGGCUGGAUCACUGGUCUAGUAACUAAUUAUAUGCAGUGUAUGAUUACAGGGGUCCUGAGCAGCCAUGGUUUUGGAAUAUGAUGUCCAGCAAGGACAUGUUCAGGUGUUAACAUUGUAUUUGCCAUAUUGUGUACUUUCA